AUGAGCAGCUCAGAAAAGAUUCGUUGCGCACAUAUAUUGCUCAAGCAUACUGAAUCCAGAAAUCCUGUAAAUAGAAGAACAAACCAAAAGGUUUUCAGGACUAAGGAUGAAGCGAACCGAGAAAUUGCUGACAUAUUAGUAAGGCUAAAGGAGGCAGUAAAUUUGGGGCACGAGUUCAAAAGAAUAGCUACGGAUAUUUCAGAAUGCUCCAGUGCAAAAAACGGUGGAGAUCUAGGCUAUUUUGACAGGUUUACUAUGCAAAAACCCUUCACAGAAGCUGCAUUUAGACUUAAAGUCGAUGAAAUUAGCGAUAUAGUGGAUACAGAUUCUGGAAUCCACAUCAUCUAUAGAAUUGCCUAA